AUGAUGUACAAAAACUACACGUACUCUAAUCAGGGAGCGUCGUUUCGGUACUGGUACUGUUCGAAGAAGAAGGCGCCGCUGCAUUGUGGAGCUAAAUUGAAGCUCGACAACGACAGACGCAUCAAAUCUGCCGUGACAAUACAUAAUCACCCACCGCCUAAGUUCUAUAAGACUAACGAUGAACACUACGAUGUGGUUUCAAUAAAUGGUAAAAAACUAAUUAUGUAUAAAGACCAUACGUACUCAAAGAAAGGAGCGUCAUUUCGUUACUGGUACUGUUCGAAGAAGGCUGCUCUUCAUUGUGGGGCUAAACUGAAGCUCGACAAUGAUAGACGCAUCGAAUCUGCAACGAUCAUACACAAUCAUCCACCGCUGAAGUUCUAUAGGACUAAAGAUGCUGUCAUCGAAUACACCCUCAAUUCCGUCUCGUACGAAAUUCUACCGUCGGCGAAAGGAAAGAAGAAUCUCAUCCUGGUCCAGGGACACACGUUUUCGAUACAGGGUGGAAACCUAUACACAUUCUACUGCUCGAAGAAGUCUAAAGGCGGCUGCAAGGCCAGGAUCCGUCUGAACUCUGACAAUUUGAUCACCCGUGGCAAUCUAUAUCACAAUCACCCCCCGCCCGUUUUACGCAGAACGUCGAACGGUGGUGUCGUCAUCAUACAAAAGGGGCAGAAUUAUCAAACACCCAAUGUUUGUACGUGCAGUUCAUCAAUUCACAACGUGGAGGCUACUUGGCCAUGGUCCAAGGAUUCACCUUCGCGAGGCAGAGCAAACACUCUAGAAACUGGUAUUGUUCGAGUAAACUGUCCAAGAAGUGUAAAGCAAAGUUGA